AUGGAAGCGUUACUUCUUUCUUUCUUUCAUUCUUUCUUUCUUUCUGUUUUUCUGUUUUUCUCUCUUUCUUUCUUUCGUUCAUUCAGUUUUUCGUCCUUUCUGUUUUUCUCGCUUUGUUUGUUUGUUUGUUUGUUUGUUUGUUUCUUUCUUUCUUUCUUUCAGGUUUCUUUCUUUCUUUCUCUUUUUCUUCCUUCCUUUCUUUCUUUUUUCUUUCUCUCUUUCUGUUUUUCAUUCUUGCUGUUUCUCUUUCAUUCUUUCUUUCUGUUAUUCUUUCUUUCUGUUUUUCUGUUUUUCAUUCAUUCAUUCAUUCAUUCACCCAUUAAUUUUUCCUUCUUUCUUUCUUUCUUUCUUUCUUUCUUUCUUUCUUGCUUUCUUUCUUUCUUUCUUUCUGUUUUCUUUCUUUCUGUUUGUCUUUCUUUCUCUCUUUCAGGUUUCUUUCUUUUAUGUUUUCUUUCUUUCUUUCUCUCUUUUUCUUCCUUUCUUUCUUUUUUCUUUCUCUCUUUCUUUUUUCAUUCUUUCUGUUUCUCUUUCUUUCUUCCUUCUUUUUUCUGUUAUUCUUUCUUUCUGUUUUUCUGUUUUUCAUUUAUCCAUUCAUUUUUUUACUUUCUGUUUUUCUUUCUUUCUUUCUGCUUUUUUUCUGUUUUUCUUUCUUUCUGCUUUUUUUCUGUUUUUCUUUCUUUCUGUGUUUCUGUUUUCAUUCAUUCAUUUAUUCUUUCUUUCUUUCUUUUUUCCUUUCUUUCUUUCUGCUUUUUUCUGUUUUUCUUUCUUUUUUUCUGUUUUUCUGUUUUCCUUCCUUUCUUUCUGUUUUUCUUUCUUCUUCUUAUUAGAUGCCUAUCUAUAUUUGAUCUGUAUUCUAUCCCAACUUACCUAUCUAUCUAUCUAUCUAUCUAUCUAUCUAUCUAUCUAUCUAUCUAUCUAUCUAUCACAGUCUGUUUCUAUCUAUCUAUCUAUCUAUCUAUCUAUCUAUCUAUCUAUCUAUCUAUUUCAGUUUCUAUCUAUCUAUCUAUCAAUCUAUCUAUCUAUCACAGUCUGUUUCUAUCUAUCUAUCUAUUUCAGUUUGUUUCUAUCUAUCUAUCUAUCUAUCUAUUUCAGUUUGUUUCUAUCUAUCUAUCUAUCUAUCUAUCUAUCUAUCUAUCACAGUCUGUUUCUAUCUAUCUAUCUAUUUCAGUUUGUUUCUAUCUAUCUAUCUAUCUAUCACAGUUUGUUUCUAUCUAUCUAUCUAUCUAUCUAUCUAUCUAUCUAUUUCAGUUUCUAUCUAUCUAUCUAUCUAUCUAUCUAUCUAUCUAUCUAUCUAUCACAGUCUGUUUCUAUCUAUCUAUCUAUUUCAGUUUGUUUCUAUCUAUCUAUCUAUCUAUCUAUCUAUCUAUCUAUCUAUCUAUUUCAGUUUGUUUCUAUCUAUCUAUCUAUCACAGUCUGUUUCUAUCUAUCUAUCUAUUUCAGUUUGUUUCUAUCUAUCUAUCUAUCUAUCUAUCUAUCACAGUCUGUUUCUAUCUAUCUAUCUAUCUAUCUAUCUAUCUAUCUAUCUAUCUAUCUAUCACAGUCUGUUUCUAUCUAUCUAUCUUUUUCAGUUUGUUUCUAUCUAUCUAUCUAUCUAUCUAUCUAUCUAUCUAUUUUGUUUCUAUCUAUCUAUCUAUCUAUCUAUCUAUCUAUCUAUCUAUCUAUUUCAUUUUGUUUCUAUCUAUCUAUCUAUCUAUCUAUCUAUCUAUCUAUCUAUCUAUCACAGUCUGUUUCUAUCUAUCUAUUUCAGUUUGUUUCUAUCUAUCUAUCUAUCACAGUCUGUUUCUAUCUAUCUAUCUAUCUAUCUAUCUAUCUAUCUAUCUAUCUAUUUCAGUUUGUUUCUAUCUAUCUAUCUAUCCAUCUAUUUAUCUAUCUAUGUAUCCCAGUUUGUUUCUAUCUAUCUAUCUAUCUAUCUAUCUAUCUAUCUAUCUAUCUAUCUAUCCCAGUCUGCUCAUCUCUCUCUCUAUUCCAAUCUAUCUAUCUAUCUAUCUAUCUAUCUAUCUAUCUAUCAUUAUCUAUCUCUUCCAGUCUAUUCAUCUCUUUCCCUAUCUAUUUCAGCCUGUUCAUUUCUCUCUCUCUCUCUCUCUCUCUCUCUCUCCUUCCCACUCUGUCUCACACACUCAAGGCUAUCUAUCUAUCUAUCUAUCUAUCUAUCUAUCUAUCUAUCUAUCUAUCUCUAUCAAAAUGUUCACAUCUAUCUAUCUAUCUAUCUAUCUAUCUAUCUAUCUAUCUAUCAAAAUGUUCACAUCUAUCUAUCUAUCUAUCUAUCUAUCUAUCUAUCUAUCUAUCUAUCUCAUUCUUUUAUCUAUCUAUCUAUCUAUCUAUCAAAAUGUUCACAUCUAUCUAUCUAUCUAUCUAUCUACCAAAUGUUCACAUCUAUCUAUCUAUCAAAAUGUUCAUAUCUAUCUAUUUCAGUCUGUUCAUAUCUAUCUAUCUCUCUAUGACAUUAUUUUAUCUAUCUAUCUAUCUCAUUCUUUUAUCUAUCUAUCUAUCUAUCUAUCUAUCAAAAUGUUCACAUCUAUCUAUCAAUCUAUCUCACUCUUUUAUCUAUCUAUCUAUCAAAAUGUUCACAUCUAUCUAUCUAUCUAUCUAUCUAUCUAUCUAUCUAUCUAUCUAUCUCAUUCUUUUAUCUAUCUAUCUAUCUAUCUAUCUAUCAAAAUGUUCACACCUAUCUAUCUAUCUAUCUACGAAAUGUUCACAUCUAUCUAUCUAUCUAUCUAUCUAUCUAUCUAUCUAUCUAUCAAAAUGUUCAUAUCUCUGUAUCUAUUUCAGUCUGUUCAUAUCUAUCUAUCUAUCUAUCUAUCUAUCUCGCUAUCUAUCUAUCAAAAUGUUCACAUCCAUCUAUCUAUCUAUCGAAAUAUUCACAUCUCUCUCUCUCUCUCUCUAUCUAUCGAAAUAUUCACAUCUCUCUCUCUCUCUCUACCUAUCAAUCUAUCAGAAUAUUCACAUCUAUCAGAAUAUUUCUUAACGAACCCUUUUUUGUCUUUUCAGUUUUCUCCAUUUUCCGCCAUAUUCAUUAUUUGUGUUCAUUUUUCCCGCCCUUUUUUUUCGCUAUUAUCGCUUUCUUUUUUCAUAUUCUCUUUUUAUUUUUCUCACUUUUAUUUCUAUUUUUCCCAUAUUUGUUCUAUGUUGACUCUUUCUUUUCUCUUUCUCUCGUUUCCUUUCAUAUUCUCUCUUUUUCGCUUAUCUUUCCUUUCCUUUCCUACUCUCACUUUCUUUGCCUUUUCUGCCUUUCCCCUUCAUAUUGUCUCUUUGUUUUCCUUCUCUUUUCUUUCCUUUUUAUAUUCUGUUUUUGCCUUAUCUUUCCUUUCCUUUCCUACUCUUACUUUCUUUGCCUUUCCUCUCUUUUCUUUUCAUAUUGUCUCUAUUUUUGCCUUAUCUUUCCUUUCCUUUUAUAUUCUCAUUUUCUUUGCCUUAUCUUUCCUUUCCUUUCAUAUUGUCUCUUUGUUUGCCUUCUCUUUCCUUUCCUUUUUAUAUUCUCUAUUUUUGCCUUAUCUCUCCUUUCCUUUUUAUAUUCUCAUUUUCUUUGCCUUAUCUUUCCUUUACUUUCAUAUUGUCUGUCUGUUUGCCUUCUCUUUCCUUUCCUUUCCUACUCUACCUUUCUUUUCCUUUUCUCUCUUUUUCGUCCAUAUUUUCUUUUUCGUUUAUAUCAUUCUAAAUGCUCUUUUUUUAACGUUGAAUUGCCCAUUAUUCCUUAUCGAUUCUUGUACUUUUAUCUUUUCUUUGUAUGUCUACUUCAGCGUUACUUUCCUCCUUGAUUUUCAUUUCUUUCUUCAUUUCUUACCAGUAGUAAGCCAUACAAUAGUAAGCCCACCUUCUUCCGUUUUUUCUAAGUCCACCAUUCAUUACUUACAUGAUCUUUACUUUGAAAACGCCAUAUUUUUUUUUGUUUUUCCUUUCCGAAACAAUUUUUCCGCCGACAAACUGUUCAAUUUCAUUCAACUAUCAUCCUUUUUCUUCCAGAGAGCGCCAGUGUCAAUCGGCAUUGGUUUUUACACCUCCCCCGAUUUAUGGGUGUGUUCGGAAACGCGUAGUUCGUUAUUCUCUGUCUGUCUGCUCCUAUCUAUCUAUCUAUCUAUCUAUCUAUCUAAUCUGUCUGUCUGUCCAAUUAGCAAGUUCUUUGGCCUCAACAACGUCCGCCCUAUUGUCGACAUUUAG